AUGGCGCCAGGAGGAUCAAACCUGAGCAACAUGGUCGGAACAAAACAAUGCCCCCCUUUACAUAACGUGGCUGACGCUGAGUCAGUAGGAAGUUGGCAAUUGCCCAGACUGACUGUUCCUUUCCCAACGCUCACCGCGGUAACUAUAUACUGCAAUGCCUGUUCCGAAGAGCUUAAGGAUCUUCGGCCUCCUAUCCUAACAGUUAGCUUGGCAGUGAGUCAUCACGUAUUUUAUCCGUAUGGUAUUAACCAAGUUAGCGCAUCGGCGGCACCAUGUUGGGGUGAGCGUCGGGAACUCCGGUGUGAUCGCGUAGUGUGA